CGUACGUCUAAUUAGAAUUAACCUAAUGACAGUGUGAAAAACUAACAAUGAAGUGUAUAUAUAUACUCCUCCUGGCUUCUGCCGUCCUGGUACAAGGAUAUACCAUUAAGGACAAUGAGGUUGAAACGGCGAGGAUCCAAACUAGUGAUGAUUUGCUGAACAGUGUUAUUAGUGAUUGUUUUGAAGCCGAUUCUCCUAUUUCAUGUCUCAAAGUGAAGGUCCUAUCAUUCUUGGACACCAAGCUAGGAGUGACAGCGGAGUCUGCGAGGGCUUUGGACGAAAAGAACAUUGAUAAAGUGAUCUUCGACCGCGUCGGGAGGGUUCUGAACACGAAUGAAUUCAGAUUCCAACUGCCAGAGUUCCUGUUCCAAAGCGCUGAGGUGUCCUACAGGGCUGACAGAGGCUUCGAUGUCGAAUUCCCUGAAGCUGAGAACGAGAAUGGAGAAGCUAGAGGAAUUCUGAAGAAGAAACUGCUGCUGCCAGUUCUUCUGCUCCUCAAGUUGAAGAUGAAGGCGAUCAUGCCGAUCCUGGUCACCCUCAUCGGUAUCAAGGCCGUGAAGGCACUCAUCCUCAGCAAACUGGCCAUCACGCUGGUCCUUGGAUUCCUCAUCUACAAUUUGUUGCUUAAGAAAGGAGGUAUGCCAAUGAUGAUGGCUCCAGCAGACGCAUCACCAGCGCCUCAGUACGGACCUCCCGCCUCCCAGUACGGCCCCCCUUCUACCCCCGCUGCCCCCCAGGACUCAUACGGAAGCCCUGCUUGGGAGCCCUCCAACUCCGGCCCCUACGCUCGAGUUUGGGACCCUUCUCAGAUGGCCUACAACUCUUAUUACCCCGGAGACUCAAGUUCUUCGGCAGCUAGCAACCAGUCUCCAAGCUAUUCCAGUGUAGCGUCAAUCUCGUCGACCCUUUCAUCAUCAUCAUCCUCACCCACCUAUUAAACUCUGGCUACCCCAUGUAAAUAAACGGAUAGCACCGUCCAGGGGGCCAGAUCAUGAAAUUUUGAAUGUUUCUCGAAAAUUCUCUUUGGAAAAUUCUCGAAAAAUCUGGAAAGUUUUGGAAGUUUCUCAAGGCCUCCUGAGUACAUGCCUGGCACUCAGUCCCUGUACAUAGACGCACGCACGAUUGGCUAGUGUUUAGGCCUAGUUAUUUA